UUGCUUAAAAGAGGUUGUUGUGAGGCGGGGGACUGAAGUCUUUGUAAAGGGUGAUAGAUGUAUAAUGGACCUUUCCCGAAAUAACAUUCAAUUUUGAGACCUAUUCGGCUAUUAGAACUUCGUCAAAUCUGACGUUUGUUCACAAACAUGAGACAGCAAAAGGUGAAUAAAAGGAAAGCUUCUUGAUAUAACCCAGUCUGCCACUCAAGAUCUCAAGAUCGAUUGUGCGAGUUGGAUGGGGGCGCCUUGACCCAUAUCUCCCUGCUUGAUGAACCAAAGAGGUCUUUUGAUGUAUAUUAGUUUCUAGGUUCUUCGAUGCCUCGCAACUUUCUAAAUACAAACCGAUGAAUCUUCGACCAUUUGUUACGAAUCAGAGAUACGUUAUCAGAAUUCGAAAUUCCAGAGUUAUCAUCUUUAAGGUGAUACCCGUUAGAAAACAAGGAGAAAUCAUUCAACUGCACUUCGAUACUCACUACAAAACAAAAGCCAUCGAGGAUGGAAUUCUACUUCGUAUGUUAUACACGUCAUUACAUCUUCGCCUUGCGAGAUGUAUUGAUCAUUAUUGGUCUUUUUGUUUGCUCGACGUAUCAACUGCGAAUGUCUUCUAAAGCGGCUUGUCGGGACCCAUUGGGAUUAGCAAGUGGGAAAAUCAAGGACGACCAAAUAACCGUGUUUUCUGCGUUUGAUGACAACUUCAACACUUUCGGGGCCCACAGGGCAAGACUCAAUUUAACGUCAUGGCCUCCCGGACACCGUGCGAAUCUGAGGCAGUCUGCAGAAUCAUGGAUCAAAUUAGAACUUAAAAGGAAAUUUGUGAUAACCGGAAUAGCAACGCAGGGUUAUGGAGACCCGGAUGUUGGAGAGUGGGUCAAGCAGUACAUGGUGCUGUAUUCCACUGGGAAGGAUUAUUUGUACUUCGAGGAUCAGCUAGGGAAUUUAAAGACGUUUGCUGGUAACAGAGAUGCAAAUACUGCCAAGUUCAACUUGGUCCCUGUGCCGACCAUCGCCAGUUCCAUUAUGCUGAUGCCGCUAGAGUUCGAAAAGAACUUUGCGUUGAGACUGGAGCUUUAUGGGUGCGAGCCAGGAUAUCACUUCGUGGUUUCCGUGAUGGUGCGAGGGGCACGAUUCACCACAGACUACGUAGAUCCAUCAAGCUCCAUCUACAAGUCCAUGAAGCAGGACACUAGUCUUGAGAUUGCAUACGCUUUAAAAGGAGUUCCCGGAUAUCUAAGUGGCAAUUUCCUAGAAUUCCGGCCUGAAAAGUCCACCCAGGGUAACAUGAACCUUGUGGCUCGAAUGAAAGUCGACUGCAUUGAGGCCAGUGUACACUAUAUCACUACAGCCUUGAAAAACGCGAUCUCUGAUGCCCAAGGCAUGUUUGACAGUUCAUAUCUGACUGUACAGUACCCCUUGGAUGUUCAAUGUCGCCCACCGAAUGUCUCAAUAACACUAAGCAAAUCGUCCGCCAACCCAACUGUCUUUUAUAUAACCGAAGAAAACUAUCUGAAGGCCAACGUGAUAUUGGACUGUAAUGUCACUCAAGACACAGUCUUCGUGUGGGAACAGUCUCGCGUUGACCAUUCAACCAAACAGCUACUACCGCCGCUAUCGUUUGGCCUGGGAUCUAAGUCUCUAAACAUCGCCCCCAGGAGCUGGAGCCUUGGACUCAUCUACGUGCGAUUUACAGCAAAAAUGGAAAGCCAAGAAGGAGCAGAAAGCUCAGACUUUGGUUUUGUCAGCUACCGUAUGCCCCUUAUAGUGGGGAAGAUCGAUGGCCCAAAGGACAUCAUCAAGGGUGCUGGACCCAUCAUCCUUGAUGGCACUUCCUCGUUUGACCCUUACAGACCAUUUCUUAAGAACAAUGCUUUGACUUUCACGUGGCUUUGCCGAAGGCAGAGUGAGACCUUUGAGAACAUCAGUAUGGUUCAGACUGUAGAUACGAUCACAGAAGGAAGGCCUAGAGAUAAGGGAGGGUGUUAUGGGUAUGGGCCAGGGGUUCUGAACACCACAGAGCCUAUGCUAGAUAUCAAAGAAGAAAUGCUCCCGGCGAAAGUGAUGUAUGUGUUCCGCUUGAUUGUACGAUCGAAUUAUCCAGGUGAAGCACGAGAAAUGUGGGUUGAGCACAGUGUACGCGUAAACUCCUCCAUUACGGUCUCAUUGAGGUGUACUUCCAACUGCGCAGUGAAGGUUAGUCCUCAGAACCGAAUGGUCAUCGAGUCGGCUUGUAAGGGACUUACUUGCAGGUCGGUCCAAAAGUAUAUGUGGGAGCUGUACACGAUCGAUCCAUUCGGCGAGAGUGGCAAGUUUGAACUUGUUCAGGAUCUAGAAAGGCGCAUUCUAACUGAGCUGGAUAGUCCAUCAAUCGCGUUCAUCGGGAAGGUGAACAUGUUUGAAAACUCUUUGGCACCUGAUCAGCGUUAUAGAGUUAAGGUAAUUGCGUCGCUACCUGACGGGACGUCGGAAACUGCCAUGAUUGAGUUCAACACCAAUUCCGCGCCUUAUCCAGCAAUGGAUGAAGACGGUUGCUUCAUCAGGCCAGAAGUUGGCCGAGCUGUCACGACGGAGUACAAUAUAUCCUGCAGAGGAUUUAAGGACGAGGAUUUGCCUUUAUCUUAUGAGUUCAGAUAUCAUACUGUCACCGGCAUGGUUGUGGUGGACAAGACCUACUCGACUAGUAUCACCACCAUGCUUCCCGUGGGUGAGGCUGACGUAGACUACCAAAUUAUCAUAGAAGUUCUCAUCAUUGACGCCCUUGGUGCAUCUUACACCGAGUUUCUACCCGUAACGGUUCAGCCGAUGCCAGCUAGUGAUGUGUCCAGUACUCUUAUGAGCUUGACGAGCGGCGAAAAUAGCCAGAUGAGUUCGCUUAUGAAGAGUGGCAACGUGGCCAAGGCGGCACAGAUGGCCUACGCGGUCCUUUCCCUUGUCGACAAGAGCGAGGGAGGGAUCAACGCUAAAGACAAACAAUCUGCUAAACAACGGGCAAAAAUGCGCAAAAAGUAUAACUUUAACAAGGAAAAAGCUAAGAAACUAAAGGAAGGGAUUAUCAACCAGAUCUCCAAGGUGAAUGUCAAAAGUCUCCAAGAGGUUACCCAGGUGUCUGCUGUCGUUGCCUUGGCAACGGGACAAAAGGACGAGAUAUCACAAGACUCCCAGGAGACAGCCGUAAACCUGUUAGAAAGCAGUGCAAACUUUAUGAGCUCACAGAAGGGUGGUGACCCAGCCCUUGUCCAGAAGGUCGGCGCGAGCCUGCUCCACGGUGUGAGUAACCUCAUGUCAGCGGCAUCCUCUGAGGCAACAGUGAAGGAGGAGGAAACAGAGGAGGAGAAGAAAAAAGCGAAGUACAGCAGCGAUGGGGAAAAAGCAAAGGAUGGAAAGGAAAGGAAGAAAAGGGGAAAGAAGAUGGCGGAGAAGACUCUUAAGUUGAUGGACCAAAUCGGCGGCAGCUUGUUGUCUACCAAAGUUGUAGGAGAGAAGCCCAGCGUGUUCAAGACUAAGUCUCUAGCUCUUGUCCUUGAUCGUCAAAUUCCGUCUAAGAUGGGCGAGAAGAAGAUCAGCGAAGGGAGUAGCAAGGUCGCGCUACCGUCUGCUGGAACGCUCUUCUCUAAGGCUUCAAAGGAUAUGCCCGCCGUUGACUCACAGAUGAUGGCCUUCAAGGAUAAUCCUUUCACAUGGGACCCUAGCGCCAAAAAUGUCAAAUCCUCCGUGGUUGAGUUCACCCUCAAGACUCCAGAUGGCAAGGAACUGGAGAUAAAUGGACUUUCCGAGCCUAUCGAGCUCUACAUUCCACAAAAGCAAGAGCAACAAAAACCUAAGACUGACAACGAUACCGAGCCCGAAGAAUAUUUCGCCAAGCCUAGCAAAGGAUCCAAAAACAUCCGUAGUCAUCAGAUUACUAUUCCCUCCGAAGAUAUGGCGGUUACAGUUGUCAUAAAACCCCAGGAUGGAAAGAGUCUUGAAGUGUACGUCAACCGGCUUGUCAAACCAACGCCUCAGAAAUACAAGCUCAAAAAGAUUCUGCCUGAUUUCUCAAGUUGUCUUGAAUACAACGAGACGUCUGGUUAUACCAACUGUACCAGUGAUCCAUAUACCUUGAUGUUGUCGGCGGUAGCUACCGGUGGUACGGGACUGCAUUUCAUCGGGGUUCGAUACUUUCAGCCUGACGCGCCUCCUACGAUCAGCACAUUCGAGACCCGCGUGCGCAGAGAUUGCUUCAGUCACAAUGGACGAAUGAAGAGGGGGUGUGUCGGAGUAAAAGAUCCACCGACCACACCCGCACCCACCCCUCUAAUCAUCAUACCCAAGUAUAAUGCUAGUACUGAUGUGAACUACACUAUGUCAGUUAGCAUGACGGGAUGCUUGUACUGGUCCAAUUCCAAAUCAAAAUGGACAGGCGAAGGAUGCAAGGUUGGGCCCAACUCUGACGCAUCAAAGCUACACUGCCUUUGUAACCAUCUCUCUGCCUUUGGAGGGGACUUCUUCGUGGCGCCGAAUCCUAUCGACUUCGACAAAGUGUUUGCCGAGUUCGGUCGAAUGGGCGAGACGGGAAAUUUUGUCGUGCUGUCUACUAUCUGCGUCAUUUGGGGUUUGUUCAUAGCAGGAAUGAUAUUUGCAAGAAAAGCCGACAAGAAAGACGAAAAAAAGGUCAUCGCAAACGUAGACCUUGCGGAGAACAUCGAAAACGGAUUUGUAUACCAAAUAUCAGUACAGACUGGUAUGUGGCGAGGCUACGGAACUACAGCUAACGUUGGACUUUCCAUAUUUGGCGAGGAAGGAAAGACAGGAGAUAUCUUACUGACAGAUCCGGAACUGGAAAAGGUUUUCUUUGCGCGUGGAAGCAUAAAUAAUUUUACUCUUGUUGUACCGGAAGACCUUGGAGAAUUGACAAAGAUCAAGAUUUGGCAUGAUAAUUCAGGCAAGAGCCCUGCAUGGUUCUUUCACCAGGUUAUGAUUGUUGACAUGCAGACAGAAAAACAAUAUUAUUUCCUCGCAAAUCGUUGGCUUGCAGUGGAAAAGGGCGACGGUCAAAUCGACAUAGAAAUACCAAAAGCCGAGAAGAAGGACCUUUCGGGUUUCAGGAAUUUGUUUUAUUCCAGAACGGCUAAGAGUCUCGGUGAUGGUCACCUGUGGUUGUCUUUGUUUACGCGCCCUCCACAUAACCCAUUCACCAGAUGUCAGCGUUUAGGGUGCUGCUUGUCAAUCUUAUUUGCUACCAUGGUAACGAAUGCUAUGUUCUAUCAGUUUGGUGCCUCGCCGAAGGACACAUUCCAAAUUGGGCCUUUGAAAAUGAGUUGGACUCAGAUAAAAAUCGGCAUCCAAAGUAGUAUCAUAGCAAUACCUGUUAACAUCAUUAUUGUGACAAUCUUCAGGAGUAUCAAAGUGAAAACAAAUAAUGAUCAAAAUAGCAACAACAACGAUCAAGAAAAGCCCAAAACACCAGGCUGCCUGCCACCUUGGUUCACGUACAUUGGUUGGACCUUGUGCAUUCUAACCGCUCUCGCAGCGUCAGCUUUCACAUUUUUCUACAGCUUGAUGUGGGGUGCGGACGUAUCAAAUAACUGGCUUACGUCAAUUAUGGUCUCCUUCUUCCAAGACGUGAUCAUCACUCAACCAAUCAAGGUGGUCGCUAUUGCAUCUUUGCUAUCAUUGGUGAUAAAGAAGCCUCCGCAACAGGAAAAAGUGUUCGGGAAAUCGCUUUCUAAGAAAAGCACCGAGGGCAACGUGAUGGCACCUAAAGGGCAAGAGCUAGAGAAGCAGCGUAUUUAUCGGACUAAAGUUAUCGCAAUGUUCCGUACAAUUGUAGAAAUCGUGUUUUUCUUGAUCUUUUUGCUGCUUGUUGUGGUGGUUUGCUAUGGCAACAGAAAGUCUACACGGUAUUUGAUGACGCAGGGAAUGGAGCAGUUAUUCAGCAAAUUUGAGACGGUUACGUCGCCGGAGAAGUUCUGGGAAUGGACGGAUAGUACUCUUCUCCCUGCGCUCUACGAACCACAAUGGUACAACGGAAAGCCGUUCGAGUACGAUGAAGGAUUUAUCAGCAGCAGGGAAGCUUUUGUUGUUGGCAUGCCGCGGUUGAGACAAGUCCGCCUCAAACCAGACCCCCUCUGCCAAGUAGAAUCGCACGAGCCCAUGUUAGCGCACAUGUUCCACCGUUGUCUCCCAUUAUACAAGCACUCCAAAGAGGACAAGACCCCGUGGAAUAUGCCCAUGUGGAAGCCUGUACGGAACCUGACAAGAUCCAUGUCAAUACUCAAACUGCAGGACAUCUGCCCCAAACCAUGGCGAUAUCAAAGUGCUAGUGCUCUACACUCACUAUCUUUCACUGGACUGGACCUGGUUUACGAUGGCGGUGGCUAUGUCGCAGAUCUCGGUUACAACAUGUGGCAGGCAAAGGAAGUAAUCUCAAAUCUACAGAAAAACAACUGGAUUGAUGAUAAGACUGGAGGAGUGUUUGUGGAAUUCACUGUGUUCGAGCCAACAACUUCGUUGUUCUCAGCGGUCAAGUAUCUUUACGAGAGGUUUCGGACUGGUGGCACAAAUACCCGCGCUACUGUGAGAACACUUGUCUUAUACGCUUCCGCUGAUACCAACAUGCAGUCGUUCUUUCAGGUUUGCCAGCUCAUGCUAAUGCUCAUGAUCCUGUUUUUCUUGUUUGUCGAGUUUGGAAAGAUCUAUCGACAAGGGAGAGAAUACCCCAAACAGUUCUGGAAUUGGAUGGAGCUUAUCCAGAUUCUAUGUACAGUUGCUGCUAUUGUCAUGUUCUUCUUCAAGGAAAAGUACACCAGUGAAUUCGUCCAAAGGGUCAGGGAUAACCCGUUUGAGACGUCUAGUACGGACUACAUUGUUCUGUGGUCGGACUGUGAGAUCUACCUGCUAUCGCUGGUUAUAUUUAUCAUCACGAUCAAGUUUCUUAGACUGAUCCGGUUCAAUCGAAGUAUUUGUCAGAUGACUGGAACGAUAACCAAGUCUGCUAAGAGCAUCGCAAAUUUCUUUAUUGUUUUUGUCGCUGUGCUGCUCGCCUUCACUCAACUUGGGUUCCUCGCUUUCGGUUCGAGGUCCACUCCAUACUCUUCAUUCUUCCAGUCACUAAGAUCCUGCUUGCAAAUGGUGCUCGGUGGCGACAUGCACUUCUUUGAGCUUCAAGACAUCAACAGGAUCCUUGGUCCCGCGUUCGCUUUUGUGUACAUGCUCUCUAUGACUAUGAUUCUCUUGAACAUGUUCUUGGCAAUUCUUAAUGACUCAUACGAGGAAACAAAGGAGUUUGAAGGGGAAAGUUUCGGCGAUGCUGAUCUCGCAGAGUUUAUGAGUGAAUACUUCAGAACUCACAUCGGUUAUCUUAAAACAGAAGCAGGUAACCUAAUGAAAAAGUUUAAAUCCCUUCUAUUGAGUAAAUUAAAAACCCCAAAGGAAAAAGAUGAAUAUAAAGAAGUUCCUGUCGAAGAGUCCUUUAUAAAGACUGAAAUACCCGUAAAAAGUGAGCUCGAUGGGAGACAGGACGUACUCAGCAUUGAUAAAAUACGCAUCGCUUCAUUUGAAUCGUUCAAUGAUAUCAUCAGCGAUGGUGAUGAUGAAAUGAUGAGUGACAUCAGAAAGAGUGUCAGUGAUGUACGCAACUCUAUGAUUUCUUUGCGUUCCUCCAUCGAGGAUGAAGACUUUAUGAUCAAGCCAUCAAUAAAGUGGGACACCCCGACUUUUGUACAACAGCCGGCACAAAACAAACCAGGCUCGAUAUUUGAUCCACCGGUACGAACCAAUGGCUCGAUAUUCGACAUGCCGCUGUACAAUCCAAGAGGUUCUCCCUAUCUCUCAAAGAAAUUCAUGGAAUACAACAAGCGAAUUAUUCCAGGAAGCACGUUGUACAAUGUUCUUCCGUCCGACUCUACAAACUCCGACUCGACAAACUACAAGGUGUCUACAGAAAAUAAGGACUAUACCUCUGAAAGGGAGCCACUAUUAAUGAGUUCCUCGUCCUUUUUGAAGGAAUCAGAUCCGUUGAGCGAGAAUCCGCAUGAGUCUCUUGUAUAACGAUAGAGUACGUACGAUAUCUCUAAGCUUCUCGGGCGAGCGAAGGAACGACCCAUUGAAUAACCAUGCAUAGUGAGAGUAUACAUGUUGAUAAUCAGGGUACGUAUUAUAAGUCGUGUUCAUCAGGCUAGACUAGCGCAGUCCAAGGCGGUGUGGUGGGGUCGCUAUUUUUUUUCUCUGUCGUGCUUAUGGUAAGCUCUAGUCCUCAGCAUUUGCUUAUGUAAAAGGCAGAUACCAAAAUGUAGGCUACACUCUUUUUCUUGGUUUGAAAAGCAUUUUUUUUUUGUAUAUCUAAAGUCCCGGAAAAAAAUUAGUCUAGGCCUUAUUAAGGUUAGCGAAUUUUCCAACUGCUUCAAGACUCAACUUCACACUUCAUAAAUCAACAUACAUAUUCCAUGCAAAGUAAACGCACAAGCUAUAAUGAUCUAUGGCUUAUUCUCUCACUAUAACCGAUUGGCUUUUAUUGGUUGUAUUAUAAUCCCCCCCUCCUUAUAAAUUAUUAUAACUUGGUAAAAUACAAAGCUGCAUUGCCUUCUUUAAAAUUUUGCUUUGCAGUGUAUUUGUCUACUUUCUGCCAAAAUGCCGAAUGGAAAGCUGUUAGUGCUGAAAUCUCUCCAAAA